AGGCGCUUUACGGCGGCGGCGGCUGAGUGUGAGCUUUGGCGGCGGUGGAAGUGGCCGCGGCUGCGAAGGCGGCGGCGGAGGAGGAAGAGGAGUGGCGGCGGCAGGGACUGGUGCGGGGAUGGCGGAGGUACCGCUUGGGCCUAGUAGCCUCCUCCCACCACCAGCACCUCCGGCCCCGGCGGCGGUGGAGCCCCGCUGUGCCUUCCCGGCGGGGGCUGCCUCCGCCUGCUGCAGCGAGGACGAGGAGGACGACGAGGAGCAUGAAGGCCGCAGCGGCGUCAGGAACCCGGCAGGCAGCGAGGUGGCGGCGGCCAAAGGGCGUCCGUGUCUCCGCUGCCCGCAGCUGCCACUGGAGCAGCAGCAGCUCAAUGGAUUGAUCAGCCCCGAAUUGCGGCACCUUCGGGCGGCCGCCUCCCUUAAGAGCAAGGUCCUGAGCGCAGCCGAGGCGGCCUCGACCACAGCCAGCCCCGACGGGGGCCCCAGAGCAACUGCAACAAAAGGAGCCGGGGUACAAUCGAGCGAUAGUUCCUUUCACUCCCUCCCCAAUAAUGCACGAACUGCGCUUCCCAGCCCGGCAGAGGCAGCAGCGGUGAGCGGUCCCGCGGCGGCCCGCAAUGGACUGGCUGAAGGCACCGAGCAAGAGGAGGAAGACGAGCAGGUGCGACUGCUGUCUGCGUCCUUGACCGCCGGCUGCAGUUUAAGAAGCCCCUCAGGCAGGGAGAUUGAGCCCGGGGAGGAUCGGACGAUACGAUAUGUCCGAUAUGAAUCCGAGCUACAAAUGCCCGAUAUCAUGAGACUGAUCACCAAAGAUCUGUCCGAACCCUACUCCAUUUAUACCUAUAGAUAUUUUAUCCACAACUGGCCACAGCUGUGCUUCUUGGCCAUGGUAGGGGAGGAAUGUGUAGGUGCCAUCGUUUGCAAGUUGGACAUGCACAAAAAGAUGUUCCGCAGAGGUUAUAUAGCCAUGUUAGCUGUGGAUUCCAAAUACAGGAGAAAUGGCAUUGGUACUAACUUGGUUAAGAAAGCUAUAUAUGCCAUGGUUGAAGGAGACUGUGAUGAGGUUGUUUUGGAAACAGAAAUAACAAAUAAGUCUGCUUUGAAACUUUAUGAAAAUCUUGGUUUUGUUCGAGAUAAGAGGCUGUUCAGAUACUAUUUAAAUGGAGUUGAUGCACUGCGACUUAAACUGUGGCUGCGUUGAGAAAUGGAUAUCAAGGAAACAACUUUCCAACCAUGAAGAAUUGACCUUUGCAUGCAAUGCAAUUUGUACAGAAUUGCUUUGCAGGUGGAUUUAGUAAUUUCCAUGCAGCUCUUAUCUGUCAGUGUCUCAUUGAGUGUCGCACAAUAUUUGUUGCACUUUGGCAUGGCGCAUUUGUUCUGAAUUAAAAAGAGAUUGUUUCAAACGUCAAGAGUUCUUUUGGUACCAACAAGAUGUGCCAGGUGAUAGCCAAGAUUUGUUUGUUCAUUUGCAAAGUCUGCUGGCAAUGUUAUUUACACAGCGAUCAUUUUAUCACAGAACCAGUAAGUGGAACAUGAUGUUUGUUCCUGAAAAAAGCCCAUGUAGAUUGUAAACAUCUCUAAGUAUACUAACAUUUCACAUGAAACAUGCUAUAGUUUUCUGAGGGGGUGGGGGCAGAGCUUCAAUUUUAGGUUUUAUUUUUUCAAUAUUAAAUUUUCCAUUCUUAAAUAUUGGUACCUCAGUGAUUAGUGAAUGAAAAAAAAUGUAUUGUGGGGUGGGGUGUGUCUUACAAUGAGUAAAGAUAAUAAUUAAAUUGCGUCUGCCAGUGCCUGUAUAGAUAAGUAUAUUUGUCUUCAUCUCCAGUUUUUGAAUGCAUGCUAUCUCCUCCUUUUCUUUAAAGUCUUUGUAAGCAAAUUUUUUUUUAAUUUAAAUUCUAAAUUUGAAUAAAUUAUUUCAGAUUUUUAUAAUUUGGAUACUUUUUCCAGGUGAAAGACAGUGGUUUAUGUUAGAAGUCCUUUCUUUCCUUUCAGUAGAAAGUUGAAUCUACUUGGAAAAUCUUUAAGAAAUGGCUCAAAGGGGAUAGGAAAAAUUGAUGGAGCCAGGAAUUGCUGGGUUUUGGAUGCACUUUCUUUUUUUUUUUUUUUUGAGGGAAUUUUUGGAAAAGAAUAGAAAAUUAAUGUAAAUUGGUAUAAUAUUUAAUCAAAAUUAUUGCUAAGCUGUGAAGAACAGCUCUUACAAAGCAGUUGGAACUUUUUUCCCACUUGAUUUAGAUUCAUAAUGCUUCCAUUUCUUGAAAUGCUUCACUUUUGGUUUUUGGUCUUAGAAAUAAAUUUCAAGGUUCGUUGUAUCUAUUUUUAGCUGCUUGUAUUUUCUUUUCACUUAGAAAAUUCUUGGGGGAACUUUGCUUUUUUUGCCCAGAAAAACAAAAGUGAGAAAUGGAAAUCUUUUUUUUGGAAUGUGUUCUAUGGGUUUUCUUAACAGCCAUCACCAUGUUCAAUAGUUACAUUGUGUUUUGGCCACUUUUGAGUCAGUGCAGUGUAACAGAUUUUAAAGCAAAUUGCUUUUAAUUGAGUCAUUUAUACCUGUGAUGGAUUAUUUAUUUAACUGGAAAACCUAGGUACCCAUAAAAAAAAGAUUCAUUCUCUGUGAAAAAUGUUUUGUAGGAAUCUAUGUUGUUGUUGUUUUUUGAAAUUUGGAUAUGCCUUACUUCUGUUCUAGGAUUUGGUUUGAAUUUUGUUUUAUUUUAUGGCUUGUAAUUACUGUAUUUUUUAAAAACCCUACCUCUAUUAACAGUUGGUAAAGGCCCCCUUUCAGGAAAGUUAGUUUGUUUUUUAAAGGAAAGCUGCUCCUUGCUCAGUAUAGUAUCUUGAAAGUGAACAUGGUCACAAGUACUUUUAAAAUAAAAAUAUACAAUUUAUAUUUGAUGAAAAUAUAAACUUCCUGCUGGUGGGAUCAUUUAUAAUUCCUUAUUUUUAAAGAAAUUUUUUUUCUUUUCAUUUUAUAUUGCUCUUGAAAGUUUAAUGGGCAGAAAAACUGGUUACAUUAAAGGUAUAUGACCACAAAAUACUUUUAGCUUUUCAGCUGAACAUUUUAAGGAUGUUUUCAGUCAAACUUCAUUUUGGCUUUAAAUAUUUAUAAGUAUGUCAGUCAUACUGAUGCUUCUGUUAUUAUUUUUAAUAUGGAGGGAACUGAACUAAAACACUUUACUGUGUCAUCGAAUUUUAUUUCAUCACUUUGUAUUUGACUUGCUCGUUCAUAAGUAAUAAUUGUUGAUGAAUAUACAUUUGCGUGACCCUCUAAUGGGAACAUUUCUAAAGUGGAUAAAUGCUAGAUUUUCAGUUCAACCAUAUUUAUGUUUUUGGUAGGUUGUCAAUGAAAACAUCACUAUUGAUCUUUUCCCCUAGAAUUGAUCAAGCUUUGUCAAAUUGACUGAACUGAUUAAUUGGGUGUUUUAUAAACAGGGUCUUAACUAUGUGACUAAAAAGUCAAAUGGUUUCCAUUUUGUUCAGCUGGUGAAUGUUAAAUCAGUGUACACCUUCUGUAUUUAAUUGGUUAUCAAAAUUGUUUACUUAUAUAGACUAAACUUUUAACCCUUGGUAUGAUAGUCCAGCGCCAAAUUAAGUGUCUCCAUAUCAGUUGAAACAUAAUCAAACAUUAAUUUAGUUUUUGAUAUUGCUUUCAUUUCUCUAAUAUAACCUAAAAGCAAUUUCAUUUAUAAUUGAUAGAGGGUUUACUUGGCUAAAACUGAGCAAAAUUGGUGCAACUUUCUUUUAAUGGGGUGCUGCCUCUUUAAGACUGACUGUAAUAUCCACUGACACUGGUUUGGCAGUUGGUGCUGCUGAACAUUUUUAUACAAGCUACCAUGAAGCUAUAUAUGUUAGUAUUGAAGAAGCUAACGGGUAUACUACCAUUUUUUAUGUGUGGGCUGAUUAUAAUUUCCCUUAUGUUAGGAUGGAACUACUCUAGAGAAGUCCACAGAUCAGAAACCAGACAGUAGUUUUUGAAGUCAAAGCCAGCAAAAUAAGGGGGAAAAAAAAAACCCAAAACAGUUACUAUUAGAAAAUUGGUUUUAAUAUUUUCUGCCUCUCCUCCCAAAU